AUGGGCUCUUCUUCAAUGCUAAGGGUGCUGAUUGUGGGCAAUAAUCCCAACUUGGUGCUGUAUGCUUCUCGGUUUCAGCUGGCUAAGAGUGUGGAACUUUUCCAUGUGAGUAGCACGAAAUCCAAUAUUUUCAGUAUUGAGACUGUGGCUUACGGCAAGGAAGAAUUCAAACUGGACAAUCAUUUCACAUCAGUUUCAAAUUUGAUAGAGGCUCUUAAGCAGUCUGGUGACAGCGCUAGUCUUAUAUUUGAUAUGAUCAUAUUGAGCGCGUCUUCGUUACAGGAGGUUUCAUCUUCGGCGUCUCAAAUAAACCCAUUGAUCAAUAUAAACACCAAGCUUUUCCUUGAAAGCAGUGGUUUUGUUCAAUUGGAACCGUUCGUCAAGAUGUCGCUGGAUUUGCCUCAGCUGAAUAUUUUCAGUAUUGCCACCGAUUACGAUAUACGUCAGGUGGGCGACAAUCUGUAUCAGCAGUUUGGUGGCCCUAGGAACGGCGGCUCUGCAAUUUUUCUGGGUGAGAGCAGCGUGAUAGGGCAGCAGCAGCAGCAGCAGCAGAACUCGAAGAAUUCUCCGGCCAACUCUUCAUCUUCUUUGAGCCAAACGGCAACGAAGUACCCUAAAAAUGUGGUUACUCUGCUUGAAACUUUCCAGAGGCUGUUUAAGAAGCUGUUGCCACAGGAUACUAUCGGUCUGUGCAAUUAUUCUGCAGCGGAAUUUGUUUCGCAGCAGUGGGCCUUGGCGGUACCAAAGAUCUGUUUUGAUCCGUUAUUGAUUCUUUUCGAGGAAACCAAACCAAAGGAGCUGCAUCAACAUAUUCUCGCUAAGCCAUUGAUAUCCGGCCUUGUUACUGAGGUGAUAACCGUUAUGAAAAGCAUGGGGGCUAAAUUAAACGGCAAUAUGGAAAAUGAAAGCAGUCUGUUGUCUCAUUGGCAAAGGAUGUAUCCUAAGCCUGAUGAAAUGCCAUCGUUGGUGUACCAUUAUAUCAGAAGGACAGCAUCGCUGAAUAUCGAUAUGCUAUUGCUUCAACCCAUUUUGUUGGCAGACGAUUAUGGUAUCAAGACUCCGUACUUGGAGUUUCUUUACUCAGCGAUGUGUCAGUACCAAAAGUUAAACGAAGGUAAAUCCAAGUGGUUUGCUAGAGUUGAGAAUCAGCAGGAUUUGAAAUCGCAGUUGGUUAGACGCACUGAAGAAAAGAAUCUGUUUGAAUCGAAGGCCGCAAGCUACGAAAGCGCCUUACAAGAGAAGGAUGCGCUCAUUCAACAAUUGCAAAGCUCAGAACAAUCCUUUAAAAGCCAGGUCUCAGCGUUGCAGAACCAGAUAGGCGCUUUAAGAAAAGAAAUGAUUGGACUGACGAAGAAACAUGAGAUGGAAUUGCAGCAACUGAGAGAAGAGCAGCGGAUCGCAAUGGCUAAUACACCACAUGCUAAUUCGAACACAUCUGCUGCGAAAGAGCAGCAGGAAACAGCCGCUCGAGAUCACUAUGGGCCUACAGGAACUCCAAAUUUGAAGGAUAUUGAAGAUGUAGCGCUUUUUGGCAUUAACUAUGGUGAUACCCCACGAAAGGACGAAGCAAGACAGCACUUGCAGCAGCCCACUCCUCCUCCAACUUCUGGUUCAAUGCAUAGUAGCGGUAGUCACAGCGGUAGCGGCAGCGGCAGCGGAUCGGAAGUCGACAAAUCACUGAAGGAACGGGAGCUCGAGAUUCGUAAAAAAGAAUUGGACUUGCAAGAGCGCGAGCUAGAAUUGCAGAGAAGGGCUGUCCAGCAGCAGCACCAAAGAUUUUCUAAGAGCCAAAAGCAGAAUAACAAUCCUACUUCCCCGACUUUGGGAAACAGGAAGUCCUCAUUCCCUCAUCUUCAGCAAGCUUCGGGCGUUCGUCCCAAUAGAUCAAUGCAUGGCGCUGCACCAGCCCAAGCCUUGUCCGCUGGCAAUUUUGUCGAUCCACUUUCUUCGUCAAUGGGUUAUAGAGGUGGUGGUACUUUUAACCAAACAAGCUUGAUAGCAACCGGUCAAAUGCAGUCACACCAUUCUCAUUCGAUCAAGCCAACAAGCAGGAAAAAUAGAAACAGCAAUAUGGCAAUCAUUGGAAAUGCAUCGAGCCUUGGUUUGAAUGACUAUGGAAGGCCGCCGCCGGCUCCGAAUCAAACGCGUCUCAAUUCGCUGUCAACAGGUAACUUGAACUCGCAACCACGUCUGAGACAGCAAAGCAACGUCGAACUGAAUAAUAUCGGCCAGAGCGCAUAUAACGCAUCAACAAAUUUGAACGCCAAACUGAAUAUGCCACAUCCGAUCAAAGCCAGCUCGUCUGCUGCUGUGAACCAACCAAUGUCUGGUGGUUCUACUCAACAACCGUUAGAGUUCCAAACUAAAAGACAGUUCAGCUCCAGUACAACAGCAGAAAACAACACAACGGCUGCCAACAUGUCGAUGAGUUCUGUUGUGCAUAACCCGAUGACCGAGACGAUUGAUCAACGUCAAACACAGGCGUCCGCACAGGUGCAGUCGCCGCCGCAGAUAAACAUUGAUGGCCCGGAGUCCCCGCUACCAAGUAGUGGAGGUAUGCAUAUGAGCGAUUCGAACGAAGAAAUUGAGAAUUCAACGGGCGAUUCUAGUCAACCCCACACAGACGCAAAGAAAGACAAAAAGAAGAAGUUUGGGCUCUUCGGUAAGAAAAACAAGUCGAAGAAUCCGAAAUGA